AUGCCAUCAGGGUCUACUGGUAUAAGUUGUGUGGUUGAUGGGGAAGAUACAGCAUUUUGUACUAAUGUUGGUGUUCUGCUUUCAUUGGUUGAUACACAAGAUGCUGUAAGUGAAAUAGUAAAAGAUGUAUGUGUGAAUCAUCAUGCUAGAUUUGGUUAUGGUACAGAUUAUCUGAUGUUAUUCAUACACUAUCUUAAACUAUCUACCUCAAAUCUACUUGACCUGGGAGUUCCAGUACAGUAUAUCAUACAAUAUAUGAGAGAAGCUGUAGAUCUGUGUAUUUCCAAUGUAGACAUUUGGUGUAUACCAAUUGAUACACAAGCUUUCAGUGUUCUAGAUCUACAUGAUGGUAGCUAUAUUGGUUUUUUAAUCCCUGCUAAAACCUUUGUUGUAGUGUCUUCAGAUUUAUCACAUUCAGGGUUAAAACCGAAACCAAAACCUUAUCCAACAUCAAGUGAGGCAAAAUCAAUUAUACCAAAUGAAGAGCCCAGCCUUUUUGAUGUCAGUCCAUUGGCAGAUAGAUGCAAACCAAAUGACAAUUCAGAGACAAAAUUGGAUUUUUUUCAGGCAGGCCAAAACCCAGGAGCAUGUAUAAACUCCAGAUGUCUGAAAUCAGUAAACUCAAGUGAUCCCAAAAUUGAUUUCAGUGAAGUGGACUGGAUUAAUGACUUUCAGGAGGUUGAAUUUGGAAAUCCUGCAGAUUUUUGUGAUAUGGCACCUAAAUAUUCUCCUGACAUUCCAUCCCUUCAUAGUGUAACUGGGAAGAACCAGUCAUGUUGUGACUCUGUGAAUUGUGAACCAAUAUUUUUAAAAAUGGCCGACAAGGAACAAGAUUGUGAGAAGUCAGAUGAUGUUUCUUGGUUUUUCGACGACUUGAAGGAUUCAACCAGCUGUGUGACUCAAAACAAAACACAAUUUCCCCAAUUUGAGGCUCCCAAUCUCUUUAAUGAAAUAGACAAAACUAUGUCAGAACACAAUUACAAAUCGCAGACAACCUCAGAACUGAAAUCCAAAAGUCAAAAAAGAACAGAGAAAGAUAACUCUGGAUAUGAAAAUUUUGAGGAUGAGUUUGAUGAUAUUUUUACUUGUGAUGAACUUUCAAUUCUGAAAAGUGAAAAUGAUCAGACAGGAAUCAACAAAUCUUUGAAAAUUGACAGGAAUUGGAAAUAUUUUGACGAUCUUCUGCAGAACUUACCAGAUUCUAAUAAUAAACAGCAUCCAUUAAAAUCGCCAAAGAUUCUUAGUAGACAUUUGACAAAUGAGGAUACUUCCAAAAUGACAGUUUCUGAAACGGAGGAUAACAUAACAAAUAAGACUAACAAUAAAGAUGUGAAACCAGAAGCAGACAGUGACUCUGAAAAUAGUGAAAAGCGAAAUAAGAUUAAUGCCAUGUUGGAAAAUUUCAGUUCAAAACAGCAUCCUAAAACACUGGCAUCAAAAGUUUUGAAUUCGAGUAGACACUUCAGGACAGUUUCAACGAUGGAACCAAGAAACACUUUAGAUAAUCUUGAUUCUUUUAGUGUUGGACACAAUUUGGUGAUAACACAAAACUCAAUGACAAUACAAAACUCAAUGACAACACAAACCUCAGUUAAAACACCACACUCAAUGACAACACAAAAUCCUGUGACAACGCAUAACUCGAUGACAACACAAAACUCAAUGACAACACAAAACUCAAUGACAACACAAAACUCAGUUAAAACACCAAACUCAAAGACAACACAAAAUCCUAUGACAGCACCAAACUCAAUUACAACACAAAAUCCUGAGACAACACAAAAUCUUGAGACAACCAUCAAAGAUGUGUGUGCUGGUUUGCAUGGGGACAAAAUGGUUAAAAGAAUUGUUCUGGAGAGCUUUAAUUCACAAGUUACUUCUGAUACUUCUGAAGUUCAUAGAUUUGACACAAGAAAAAUACAUACCUUGAUAGAUAAAGGUCCAAGUCAACAUUUUACACGCCUGAUAUCUGGAUUAGUGUUAAAUUGUUCCAUGGACUGUGUUAUUAUGCUACAACAAUUUGAAAGAGUAAAUGCUAUUCUACUCAAUGGAGAUCUUACUAGUUCCUUUCAUCAUAAAGGUUAUAAAGCUAAUUAUGAAGGGGCCCAUAUUUCGAAAUCUGUUUCCAUGGAAACAGUAGAAGAUAGAUGGAUAUCACAACUAUUAUUAGUUUUAUUAAAGCUGGAAGUAAAUACAGUAUUGGUGAAGGGUUAUACCACUUGUAAAGUGAGAGACAGUCUGGAAACUAACAACAUAGUAAUGAUAGAAUCAGUGCCUUAUAGAAUACUCCAGGUUUUGUCAGAAACUACUGGAACCAUUCCAUUGAUAUAUCCACUUGAUGCUUUUGAGGGUAACGUUUGUAAAGAUAUAAGAAUAACAGAAUAUAAUGAUAAUUAUCUUUAUACUAGAAGUGAGAUAACAUCAAGAUGUAUUAUUCAACACGAACAAUCUGUAUUACAGACUGUUAUAAUAUGUCAUCCCUGUCAACUGGGUGCUGAGGUCAUGCUCCAAGAUUUCUGGCAAUGUGCUAAUCAAUUGAAAGAUGCUGUAGCAGAUAGAAUGGUAUUGCCUGGAGCUUAUGAGUUCCUACACACCUCAAUAGAAGAUAAAGCAUGUUUCAAGCCUUUGGUUUUGGAAGAGAUGGGAAACUUGUUUCAAAAUCUUACAACUCAACUGAAGGGACAAUAUGAAGCUGAAAUCCAUGACUUUGACUUAGAUUCUGUGAUUCAUUGGAAAGAGUGCUCUCUUAGACCGAAAUAUGACAACUAUAGAUGUAAGGUACAGAUAUGGAAAAAGGCCUUAGAAACUAUGGUAGAUAUUAUGAGAACAGACUGUGUUAUAACCACAGGGGGAGAAGAAGACGACGAUUUUGCCUUGAAUGCCAGACUUCAGUCUUUAAAUACUUUUCAAAUUAAAGCAUUUAUUUGAUAGGACUUUUUUCAAGAAAACUGACUUUGUGUACAACAUUUAUUUGCUUUUCAAUUUCUCGAUGUGUUAGACAGGCACAGCUUUUACUCUAAACAAGACUUGAUGGGGAAAAUUUGGUCACAAAUGAUAUCGUAUCGUCUAGAUAGCGGGUACAAUAUUGAGCUUAACUACAAUGACACCGUAGUGUGAUGGUACUUUAAAGGGUCGUUAAGUGGUUUUCUUGACAAUUUAUGUGUAUCACGGAAAUUUAAAGCGUCGAGUGGCACCAUUCCAGAACAGAUGUCUGUUGUUCUUGUAAUUCCCUAAAGAUAUAAUUUGCAGUUUAUGCGAUAGUGACAU